AUGCGGGGCCCGCUGGGCACCGAGGAGGAGCUGCCGCGGCUGUUCGCGGACGAGAUGGAGAACGAGGACGAGAUGUCAGAAGAAGAAGAUGGUCUUGGGGGCUUCGAUGACUGCUUCCCUGAGGAGCCUGUGGGCCUUCCCAAGAAGAAGAAAUCCAAGAAGCUCAAGGAGAACAGGUCCAAAGGGAAACGGAAGAAGAAGGAGGGGAGCAAUGACGAGCUGACGGAAAAUGAGGAAGAUCUGGAAGAGAAGUCGGAGAGUGAGGGCAGUGACUACUCCCCUAAUAAGAAGAAGAAAAAGAAACUCAAGGACAAGAAGGAGAAAAAAGCCAAGCGAAAGAGGAAAGAUGAUGACGAGGAUGAUAACGAUGAUGGGUGCCUGAAGGAGCCCAAGUCCUCGGGGCAGCUCAUGGCCGAGUGGGGCCUGGACGAUGUGGAGUACCUGUUCUCAGAGGCCGACUACCACACACUGACCAACUACAAGGCCUUCAGUCAGUUCCUCAGGCCGCUCAUUGCCAAGAAGAACCCGAAGAUCCCCAUGUCCAAAAUGAUGACCGUCCUGGGUGCCAAGUGGCGGGAAUUCAGCGCCAACAACCCUUUCAAGGGCAGCUCGGCAGCGGCUGCCGCGGCAGCAGUGGCCGCGGCCGUGGAGACAGUCACCAUCGCCCCUCCGCUGGCUGUCAGCCCCCAGCAGGCACCCCAGCCUGUACCUAUCCGCAAGGCCAAGACCAAGGAGGGCAAGGGGCCAGGAGUGAGGAAGAAGAUCAAAGCCUCCAAGGACUCGAAGAAAAAGGGCAAAGGGAGAAAGGUAGCCGGGCUCAAGUUCCGCUUUGGAGGGAUCGGCAACAAGAGGAAGAAAGGCUCCUCGAGCGAGGAAGAUGAGCGGGAGGAGUCGGACUUCGACAGCGCCAGCAUCCACAGCUCCUCCGUGCGCUCCGAGGGCUCGGCAGCCCUGGGGAAGAAAAGCAAGAGGCGGCGCAAGAAGAGGAGGAUUGACGAUGGUGAUGGCUAUGAGACGGACCACCAGGACUACUGUGAGGUGUGCCAGCAGGGCGGGGAGAUCAUCCUGUGCGACACCUGCCCGCGGGCCUACCACCUAGUCUGCCUCGACCCAGAGCUGGAGAAGGCUCCGGAGGGCAAGUGGAGCUGUCCUCACUGUGAAAAGGAGGGGAUCCAGUGGGAGCCGAAGGACGACGAGGACGACGAGGAGGAGGGCGGCUGCGAGGAGGAGGAGGACGACCACAUGGAGUUCUGCCGCGUGUGCAAAGACGGCGGCGAACUGCUCUGCUGCGACGCCUGCCCGUCCUCCUACCACCUGCAUUGCCUCAACCCGCCGCUGCCCGAGAUCCCAAACGGUGAAUGGCUCUGCCCGCGCUGUACUUGUCCCCCACUGAAAGGCAAAGUCCAGCGGAUCCUGCACUGGAGGUGGACGGAGCCCCCGGCUCCCUUCAUGGUGGGGCUGCCGGGGCCCGACGUGGAGCCCGGUGUCCCCCCACCGAAGCCCCUGGAGGGCAUUCCGGAGAGGGAGUUCUUUGUCAAGUGGGCUGGACUCUCCUACUGGCACUGCUCCUGGGUGAAAGAGUUACAGCUGGAGCUGUACCACACGGUGAUGUAUCGCAACUACCAAAGAAAGAACGACAUGGAUGAGCCGCCGCCCUUUGACUACGGCUCUGGCGACGAGGACGGCAAAAGCGAGAAGAGGAAGAACAAGGACCCUCUCUAUGCCAAGAUGGAGGAGCGCUUCUACCGCUACGGCAUCAAGCCCGAGUGGAUGAUGAUCCACCGUAUCCUGAACCACAGCUUUGACAAAAAGGGGGACGUGCACUACCUGAUCAAGUGGAAAGACCUGCCCUAUGACCAGUGCACCUGGGAGAUCGACGACAUCGACAUCCCCUACUACGACAACCUGAAGCAGGCCUACUGGGGUCACAGGGAGCUGAUGCUGGGUGAGGAUGCCAGGCUGCCCAAGAGGCUGGUCAAGAAGGGCAAGAAGCCAAAGGAGGAUAAACAGAAGCCGCCAGACACACCCAUCGUGGAUCCCACGGUCAAGUUUGACAAGCAGCCUUGGUACAUUGACUCCACGGGUGGCACACUGCACCCGUACCAGCUGGAGGGCCUCAACUGGCUGCGCUUCUCCUGGGCCCAGGGCACAGACACCAUCCUGGCCGACGAGAUGGGCCUGGGCAAGACUGUGCAGACCAUCGUCUUCCUCUACUCCCUGUACAAGGAGGGGCACUCCAAGGGGCCCUACCUGGUCAGCGCGCCCCUGUCCACCAUCAUCAACUGGGAGCGGGAGUUUGAGAUGUGGGCGCCCGACUUCUACGUGGUCACCUACACGGGGGACAAGGAGAGCCGCUCCGUGAUCCGGGAGAAUGAGUUUUCUUUCGAGGACAACGCCAUUCGGAGUGGAAAGAAGGUGUUCCGCAUGAAGAAAGAAGUGCAGAUCAAAUUCCACGUCCUGCUCACCUCCUACGAGCUCAUCACCAUCGACCAGGCCAUCCUGGGCUCCAUCGAGUGGGCCUGCCUUGUGGUGGACGAGGCCCACCGGCUCAAGAACAACCAGUCCAAGUUCUUCAGGGUCUUGAACAGCUACAAGAUCGAUUACAAGCUGCUGCUGACGGGGACCCCGCUUCAGAACAACCUGGAGGAGCUUUUCCACCUCCUCAACUUCCUGACUCCAGAGAGGUUCAACAACCUGGAGGGCUUCCUGGAGGAGUUUGCCGAUAUCUCCAAGGAAGACCAGAUCAAAAAGCUCCAUGACCUGCUGGGGCCGCACAUGCUGAGGCGGCUCAAGGCCGAUGUGUUCAAGAACAUGCCGGCCAAGACCGAGCUGAUCGUUCGCGUGGAGCUGAGCCAGAUGCAGAAGAAGUACUACAAGUUCAUCCUCACGCGGAACUUCGAGGCACUGAACUCCAAGGGAGGCGGGAACCAGGUGUCGCUGCUCAACAUCAUGAUGGACCUGAAGAAGUGUUGCAACCACCCCUACCUCUUCCCCGUGGCUGCCGUGGAGGCCCCCGUCUUGCCCAAUGGCUCCUAUGAUGGCAGCUCCCUGGUCAAGUCCUCGGGCAAGCUCAUGCUGCUACAGAAGAUGCUCAAGAAACUGAGGGAUGAAGGGCACCGCGUGCUCAUUUUCUCCCAGAUGACGAAGAUGUUGGACCUUCUGGAGGACUUCCUGGAGUAUGAGGGCUACAAGUAUGAGCGGAUUGAUGGUGGCAUCACUGGGGGCCUCCGACAAGAGGCGAUCGACAGAUUCAACGCCCCCGGGGCCCAGCAGUUCUGCUUCCUCCUCUCGACCCGGGCGGGUGGCCUGGGCAUCAACCUGGCUACGGCAGACACGGUCAUCAUCUACGACUCGGACUGGAAUCCACACAAUGACAUCCAGGCCUUCAGCCGCGCCCACCGCAUCGGACAGAACAAGAAGGUAAUGAUCUACCGCUUUGUGACUCGGGCCUCGGUGGAGGAGCGCAUCACGCAGGUGGCCAAGCGCAAGAUGAUGCUCACCCACCUGGUGGUGCGGCCUGGCCUCGGUUCCAAGUCUGGCUCCAUGACCAAGCAGGAGCUGGACGACAUCCUCAAGUUCGGCACCGAGGAGCUCUUCAAGGACGACGUGGAGGGCAUGAUGUCUCAGGGCCAGAGGCCCGUCACGCCCAUCCCGGAUGUCCAGUCCUCUAAAGGGGGAGCCCUGGCUGCCGGCGCCAAGAAAAAGCAUGGCAGUACCCCGCCAGGCGACAACAAGGACGUGGAGGACAGCAGUGUGAUCCACUAUGACGAUGCGGCCAUCUCCAAGCUGCUGGACAGAAACCAGGACGCCACGGACGACACGGAGCUGCAGAAUAUGAACGAAUACCUGAGCUCCUUCAAGGUGGCGCAGUACGUGGUGCGCGAGGAGCUGCUGGAGCAGGCCCUGGUCAUCGAGGAGCAGCUCCGGAGGGCCGCGUACCUUAACAUGACCCAGGACCCCAACCACCCAGCCAUGGCCCUCAACGCCCGCCUGGCCGAGGUGGAGUGCCUUGCUGAGAGCCACCAGCACCUGUCCAAGGAGUCCCUUGCCGGGAACAAGCCAGCCAAUGCUGUCCUGCACAAGGUCCUGAACCAGCUGGAGGAGCUGCUGAGUGAUAUGAAGGCGGACGUGACGCGCCUGCCCUCCAUGCUGUCGCGCAUCCCCCCCGUGGCUGCCCGUCUCCAGAUGUCAGAGCGCAGCAUCCUGAGCCGCCUGACCAACCGAGCUGGUGACCCCACCACUCAGCAGGGCGCUUUCGGCAACUCCCAGAUGUACAACAACAACUUUGGGCCCAACUUCCGGGGCCCUGGACCGGGAGGGAUUGUCAACUACAACCAGAUGCCCCUGGGGCCCUAUGUGACCGAUAUCUAGCUGUCCCCGCGAUGUCCCUCUGUUGCAGUGCUCAUUUCCAGCUGAGCCACACCUGCCGGGCCACCUGCCCGACCGCCACAGGAGAGAAAAGCUACCGCCUUUUUAGGAGCCGUGCCACCUUGGGACACAAAGGGAAACUGAGUAAUGCCAUCACAUGGGGGACGAGGCCCAGCCUGGCUGGGCCAGAGCCCAGAAGUGCCACCUCAUCAUAAUGCAAGUGUCCCACCCAGCGUCACACCCACCCAACACUGGGACGUGCCCCGUGGCGGCCUUUGCCGGACAACUUCUUAGAAGAGAUUUCAUUUAUUUGUACAUCUUUUGCACUUUCCUAUUGAAGACUUGAAAAGUUUGUCUUGAUAAAAGUUGAGUGACGCGUGGA